AUGGCAUCACUCUCUAAGGAAUCACAUGCCUAUCAACCUACACUGUCACCCUUCUUCACUGAAGUAUGGGAAAGAAACUAUGAAAAGAAGUUCAAUUUAAUCGCUGUCAAAUCCCUUGCUCUCCCAUGGGCUGUAAAAUCAUUAGUGCAUUCCCUUGCCAGUAUAAAAAAUUCAAAGCGCCGAGAUCUGGAACUGGUUCCUGUUGCUUCCGCUUCUGCUGCUGCUGUUGCUGCUGCUAGUGCCGUUGUUAUUUAA